UUAAAGAUUAGCUGGAUUGUGUGUUUGAAUUGAUAGAAAAUACUCAUAGGCUUCUUCUAAUUCUUUUUCUGCAGUAAUUUUGAAUUAUCCAUGCUAAUCAAUAAUAAUAUCAAGAAUAAGAAAUUUGUUUAGAUAUUUAAUACAUCUAGUUAAUUGAUUGAAUUGGAAUCCAAAAACCAAUUCUGUAAAUGGUUUAUAAAUAUGUUGAAAAUCUAAAAUAUCUCUAUCUUAGAGUUUGUUUUCAACUAUUCUUUGAUAAGUACAACCAGAAUAUUGCUUAAGUAAGACCAAAUAAAGAAGAGAAGCAACAAUUUCUCUAUUAGAAAAUUGAUACAAUUUGACAUCUAAUAUAGCACAAUCAAGGAAGGCCAUAUAAUGUCGAAAUAAAGUGUAAGAACUCUAUGUAGGUUAUUUAAUUUAAAGUUUAGGUUAAGGAUAGUAAAUAUCCCAUUAAGAUAAAUACCAAGUACUCCAAAGAUAAAGAGUUGGUGGAUUAAUAAGCCAUUUCAAUUCUGUAAGUAUAUGUUAUUCUUUUUCAAGGAUUUAUUAUUCAGUAAAACUAUAAUUACUAGCUUAAGAGAAAUCAUUAAUUUUUGGAGGGUAGAUUUCCUAACAUAAAUAUAGAAUUUACUUCUAUUUUACAUGCUAUAGAUAGACUAGCUAAACCAAAUAAUUAAAGUUCUUAUUUAGAGAUUUAAACUUUAGACAUAUAUCUAUCUAGAUUAUGUACACAAAGAUGAAAUGUUUCUCUUUUCAAAGUGAAUUCUUUACAAACUUCACUAAUCCAAUCAAAUAAAAUUGAUCUCAUUAUUGGUGUAAUAUUAGUUUAAUGUUCAAAAAAUG